CGGCACACACUCACACACACCGAACCAGAGUAGGGAUGGAUGGAGAUGCUCCUGAUCAAAACAUAGUUACGUUACGUCGCUCUCAUCCGUAGAGCGUGCCGCUCUCGUUUCUAGUUUGCCAUGGUGGCGCGUAGUGAGAGCAUGUUUGGGUGUUACGACAGUUACUCCUAUAGACUGUGGAGUUUAGCCAAUGUCUGGAACACCUGUCAACCCUCUCCUCUUACAAAUGGCACAAUCAAAGAAGAAGAUCUCACCCCUACUACGCCAGAAUACUUCAUUAAAUGUCCACAAUGCCAGAAAGGAUGCCAGACCUUCCAAGCGCUCAAAGAGCACAUGGAAUGUGCCCAUAUGGACCUUUCCAUUGUAUCUGAAGCCAGCGGUAUGACCGUUCCCAACGCAGUAUCUCCAACUCCGUCGAUGGCAGGUGCCGGAGGUCCUUUUGGGUGUUCUCAAUGUACGACAACCUUUAGCUCGAAGGACCAAUUAGAAAAGCACGAAUUGCUACACUCACCAAAUGCACAAGUAUCUUGCAAAGUAUGCAACAAAACCUUUGCCAAUGUUUACCGUCUCCAAAGACACAUGAUUAGCCAUGACGAAAGCGCAGUUCUUAGAAAAUUUAAAUGCACGGAAUGUGACAAGGCGUUCAAAUUUAAGCAUCACCUUAAAGAACACAUUAGAAUCCACAGUGGAGAGAAACCCUUCGAAUGCGCUAACUGCGGCAAGCGUUUUUCCCACUCCGGAUCCUAUUCUAGUCACAUGACAUCGAAGAAAUGUCUAGUAAUAAAUGUUAAGUUAGGACGAACUAGAGCUCCGCCAAAUAGUUCCUUAUUAGAUAAGAAUACUCAAAAUUUGAGAGGACCUAAGAGGCCCAACAUUAGUCCCAUUAACAAUAACAUCACAACCAGUCCCAAUCACAACUCUUAUUUACCUAUCCUUCCCAAAUACCCAGAAGCAGCUGCUGCUUUUCUACAGUCCUCUCUUGCUGGAAAUCCCAGCAUUCCUCCCUUCUACUUGGCGCCUCCUAGUCUUCUAAAUACCCAUCCUAUUAGCCAUUACUCAAUGCCUUCAUUGAGCCAUCUUUUGGAACAGCUUCAGCAGCAACACCAGCAACAACAACAGAGCCAGAGUCCAAUGAGGCCAUCUUAUAUUGAAAACUGUGAUAGUCCUAGACAAACAGAAACGAAUCCUAACUUCGAGAAUUCCAGUAACCAUUCUGAAAACAACGAUCAUCGUCCGCCUUCAAAUGCUUCCGAGAGUGGUGAUUUAGUGAUGGAUGAAGACGCAGAAAUAGACAACGAAACCAAAACCCAAAAUGAAAACCAAACUAACACUGGUGACUUAGAAGCUGUAAAAAGAAUAUUAGAAACUGUUAAUGCCACUGUUACCAAAGAACUUUUACAAGCUAAUAUGCAGAAAAUAACGUCAGAUAGUUCUAGUGAAUGUCAUAGUUUGGCUUCGGUUCACUCUCCGAAACCAACUCCAAAAUGUAGUACUUGCAAAAAAUUAUUCGAUACUCAGCAACAACUGGAACAACAUGAAUGUGAAGAUAUUAAAAGUGAGGGACUGGCCGCAAAGUUAGAAGGUGCAUUUACAACAAAAUCCGAAGAUGCUCAAAAUGGUAGCAUUAGUGGAGAAGACCAAGAGUAUGAAAGAAAUUACAACACAAACGACGAAUUAGAUUCCGAAUCAUUUGCAACAACAGAUCACGUCUCAGAAGAUGGAAGAAAAGUUCGAGUUCGAUCUCUCAUUUCCGAUGAACAGCUCAAAGUCCUAAAAGACAACUACAAAAUGAAUCCUCGGCCAAAACGAGAAGACUUAGAAAAAAUUGCAUCAAGUAUAGGUUUUCCUGUUAGAGUAGUGCAAGUAUGGUUCCAAAAUACACGAGCUAGAGAUAGGAGAGAGGGAAAAUUGAUUCAAGUUCCGUACAGUCCCUUACAAUCCUCACCUUGUUUUAGUUUGCCACCAAAACCCCCUGUAAGUGUGUCUCCAAAUCAGUACACGUGUGAACAACCUUUAGAUCUGUCGAUCAAAAGAGAUGUUACAUCACCGGAAUCUUCACCAUCUUGUUCACCUUGUAGGCCGUCUUCAGAUACCAAUUACGAAGUAGUUAAUCUUAGCAGGAAAACCUCAAGAAGCCCUACACCGUACUUGCCCUUUCAAAACCAUUACCACAACUCGAAUUCUUCAGAUCCUCGACAAUCUCCAUCACCUUUAGAAUUAAACAGCAGUCGGUUAGCGCAGAUUUUGGCCCAGCCUUCCCAUAAGCUCUCGUUACCAGGUAUGGGAUUAGUUCCUAUGGACCAGCUAAUGCAAUUCGGAGGUACUGAUCUUCCUAGUCUUUCGCAGUUAAUAAGCAGUAGGUUAUCCAAUAUGAGUCCAAGUGAAAAAAGGGCCUGGGUAGAAGGCCGGGACCUUGCUAAUGAUAUGACUGAGGAUGAGUUAUCCCACGCUACAAAACGAAGCAAAAUAUCUCAAUUUGUAUUUAAGAGCCUUGGAAGUCCAGUUUUGGGAAACCAAGAAGUAGAAGCAGAGGGGCAGUUCACUUGUGAUCAGUGUGACAAGGCGUUUUCCAAACAGAGCUCACUGGCCAGGCACAAAUAUGAACAUUCAGGUCAACGUCCCCAUAAAUGCGACGAAUGUCCUAAAGCCUUCAAACACAAACAUCACCUUACGGAACACAAAAGACUCCACAGCGGGGAGAAGCCUUUCCAAUGCAGCAAAUGUCUCAAGAGAUUCUCGCAUUCGGGAUCCUACAGCCAGCACAUGAAUCAUCGGUAUUCCUACUGUAAACCUUAUAGAGAGUAAUUUAUUGUAAAUAACAAAUUUGAAAUUAGCUUUGGACGCUAAUUUUUUGAUAUUCUUUACUGUUGAGAAAUCAAACUGGAUAUUUUUAAAGAGACGUUUGGGUCUCUAGAGGAAUGUGACCAAAUGUGAAUUCUAUGAAUUGUGAUAAUGGCUGCAAGUUGUUGACUAAUGAGCUCGAAUGAUUUUUAUUAAGUUACAGGACACAGUUAAUGUCUGACGUCACUCGAAAAUGUUAUCACUCCUAAAUACUGCAAGACAUAUAUUUAAUUUGUUGUUCAUAAAAUGGCGUACUUUUGUACAAAGGUAACAAUAUUGAAUUAUUUAUCAAAAAAUGUUUUCUAGGACAAUUUUUUGGUGGCAAUUAAGAAUAUACUAGUUUGAGGUUAUGUUGAUUAAGAUUAUAGUAACCAUCAUUGGCUCAACAACCCCUGGUGGGUCGUGGCUCUUCUAGAAUCAGCCUCCAUUCCUCCUUAUCUGUAGCUUUCGUUUUCUCAAUUUCCUACUCUUAAUGCUUGUCAUCCACCUGGUCUUUAAAUCGUGCUUUGAGCCUGCCUCUUUUCCUCGCUCCAACUAAGAAUAUAGUAACAUUGUCAUCAAAUUUUACAUAGAUAUUCCUCUUCUACAAGUCCAUCUGUGUUAUGUAGAUUUUCCAACUUUAGAAUCAACUACUUCUAAAGAGGUGUGUUGAGCUGAAUCCAAGUAUGUAUUUCGUUUUCCAAGAUUUUUGGAUUCCUUAAAAGAGAUAAUAAGCUUCAAAGCAAAAUAUUUGACAAUGGAAAGUGAUAGUGUGACGUCAAAACGUCAAAUAGGUUUCCAAACAAAUCAAAUGUUUGACGUCUGUUAAUGGAUUAUACACGUGAUUUGUAUAAUCAUUUUUAAUUUUAUUUUGUUUUAACAAUCAUCUGCACAUUUUUUCUAAAGACACAAUCCUUGUUAGUCAUAUCAAUCAUAUUGCUUUUAAUUUUAUAAAUGCCCCUACACAAUAUCAAGGAUUUACACACUAAAUAGUACUUACUGCUUUUCUUCAGGUUCUUAACCAGUCCUAUUUGGAAAUAUGGUGGGAAAUAUACUAUGAGCAUUGAUUACAAUCACGGGUACCCAACACAUUACGAUUUUGUAAAAAUUAAACAUCCUACAAGCAAUAUAUUCCAAUUAUUAUAAAAACCAAAACAAACACCACGUGUGAAUUUUUGCUUUGUUUGGAAACUUUUCAGAGUAGCUAAUAUUGAUUUGACGUCACGACUAUCACGGUCCAUUUAAUCAUGCAGAAACAUAUUUUUGUACUGAUACUAUAAACUGGCAAUACCCUGGCAACAUGAUGAGAGUAACAAAAUACCGGCUUCUGCAGAAUAUCAUGCAGGGAAAAAUUUUAGGGCGCCCAACGUGGGGAAUAGUAGAAAACGCCUUGUAGACUAUAUGUUGUUAUUAAGUAACGAUGAUUGAUAUUAUUCUAAAAAGAUAUAUAAACCUAAUUGAACCUAAUCGAAGUUGAAUUACAACUUUGCGAAAUGCCUACAAUUACAAAUUAAUAAUUAUAAUAUGGUACGCCAGAGUUACACAACAUAUGUAGCCAUAUUCACUUGUAGUAGGAUUGUGGUGCCAAAUACUAUUAAGCUUUUACUUUCCUAAUGAUUACUUAAAUGAUUAACUUAUUUUAGACAAUGGAUAAUACUCAGUCAGUUGACUUUCUCUAUUACAAAUUUAUCUUUAAAAUAAACUUACAAUCCAAGGAGUAUAAAAUUUUCUUCUGACUUCAUUCAAGAUUUAACUACAGAUGCAAUCAAUAUACGUUUCGAAACUCAAAACGACUGAUUUCUAUCCAUUGGUUCUUCUGUAAUCUUUAACUUUUUCUGUGACUUGUAAAUAACUUGUCUGGUACCUGUACAACAAUACUCAUAGUAUACAGUGGAACAGUGCCAGUAAAAAUCCAGGUCUUCCACCACUUUAAAUGAGUCAGUGGUGUAGCAGGCAAUGGGGCACCAAGGCAAUUGUUAUAUGAAAAAAUUUAGUCAUUACGUGCAAUUGAAUAUGAGUUACCAUAUUUAGUAGAGUAUAAUAUUGAAAAAGUUUGUGAUUGGAAAUGUUCAGAUAUUAUUUUUUUAAUAUUUGCCAUAAAAUGUAGAUAUUGUAAGAUAUUAUAUUAUUGCUUUAUUGAAAGUGCCAUAUACUUCGAAAGUAAAAUUGUAUAGCCUACAUGUAGAUAUAUUUUGGUUUCAACACAUCGACUCGUAGACAUAAGUUGGUAACUUGCCUUUAGUUAACGGAUAUGGAAUAAUAUUAAUUACAAAACUUAUGCCUCCACCAGCGGCAAUAUAGAAACCUCUAGAACCGCCAUAUUUAAUGUUAUGUUGGUUUAAGUAACUUAAAGCAACAUUAUCAGAACAGGCCAGUAGUUGUCACUCAGGGAGUGCCGACAGAAGUAAAAAACUUCUACUAUUACUGAUUGAAAGUAUGCUCAAUAAAGUGUGAUUGAAAGUGUACAUCAGGCUCUUGCUUCGCAAGCACCUUCGGGUACACACUCUAUCUCUCCUCCAAUCAUUAUAAGUUCGGUCCAAUUUAUACGCAAUUCAACCUAUAUUAUAUAAAUUACUAAUAUCUCGCCGUAGCGAUGACGGUUGCGAGUUCAAUGCUUUUUCCUCAUCCAAAAAACAUGCUAUACCUAGAUUAUACACGUGUUGCGUGCAUCCUAUAUUAUUUAUAUAUAUGUACAUACACAUAAUAAUACGUACUAUUAUUAUAUAUACGUACAGAAUUUAUUUCGGCAAAGCGAUAACGGUCGCAACUUCAUUGCUUUUUCCCCAUCCCAAAAGUGCACAACGUCGCUAAAGAAAUUUUCAUUUCAAAAGAUGUAAUUAAUCAUAAUGAUUGAAUCUUUUAAUUGAUUAUAAGGAUGUCUUAUAUUUGGAGAAAGAUUUCCCAAAUGGAAAUAGAAACCUCAAAUAUACUUAUGUAUUUUAAAGGAAAAUUGUGGUUUAUUCCCAAAAAAAAAUAGUAAAUUGAUAUUAAAACUGAAUGGAAGACUUUAAAUUUUGAUCAUUAGGUAGAUGGUUUUGUAAUUAAUAUUAUUUUAUGAAUCCUUAGAUUAUAAAUUAUAUAUAUGUAAACAGUACAAUAAGAGGCAAAGAAGCCUUUGCAUCGAGGUGUUACAUGACAAUACGUAGAGAGUUCAUAGUUUUCAACAAUACAAUGAAUACAAUGGUGCAAGUCGUUACUUUUAUAAGCAUUUAUUUAAAGAAAGAUAUUUACGGCAUCGAUAAUAUUUGUAGUCUCUAAAUUACUGAGUACGUACUAAGAUCGUUGCAAUUGUACUAAAAUUAAAAAAUUAUAUAUCUACAAAUAGAUAAUUUCUAAUAUACUAAAAUACUCUAUAAAAUUUCUAACUUUACAAUUUAGAAAUUUGAUAAAUUUUAUAUUCACAACUUUAAACAAUUUUCAAAUUUUAAAUGAACAAAAUUACAUUGGGACCCACGUUGGGCGCCCAUUUAACAAAUAUGUAACGAUAAUUAUUACACUUCUUCUUCUUCUUGACUGGCUUUACAACUCGGGGUGAGUCCUCGCCGCAUCCACUAUGACCCUCCAUCGUCUGCGAUCUUGCGCUUCGAUUUGCCAUGGUUGUACCCUAAUCCUAGAUAGAUCGGUUUCAACAUCAUCCUUCCAUCUUUUUCUGGGACGGCCCACUGAUCUUCUACCGUCUGGUCUCUCGAAGAACACUGUCUUUAGCACUCUGUCUUCCUCUGAUCUUACUACAUGACCUGCCCAUCUUAUCCGAUUAGCUUUUAUAUGUCUGACGAUGUUUUCAGUACCAUAUAGAGUCACCAAUUCAGCAUUGCGGCGCCUUCUCCACUCUCCUGUCAAUUCAUCUCUUUGAGGACCAAAUAUCAUUCUGAGGACUUUCCUUUCAAAUAUCAGCAAUUUAUUUAUUUCUCGCUGAUGUAGAGUCCAUCUUUCACUCCCAUAUGUAACAACUGGGCGAAUAAUUGACAUGUACAGUCUUAAUUUAGAUUGUCUUUUCAGCAGCUUAGAUCUUAAUAAUGAUGAUAGGGAGUAUAAUGCUCUAUUUCCCGCAGCUAUUCUUGCUGAGACCUCUUUUUCUAUGUGAUUGUCCUCUGUGAUUACUGCUCCCAGAUAUUUAAACUCUUUUACUACUUCAAAGUUGUGGUCAUUAAUAGUUACGUUCUGCCUAACUCUUGGUCUUGGAUUUUUGGUCACCAGCAUAUAUUUCGUCUUCUCUUCAUUUAUUCGAAGGCCCAGGUUACCUGUUUCCUCCUAGAGCUGUGAAAACACCUCUCUUACGUCUCUUGUAGAAUGAGCGACUGCAUCUAGAUCAUCGGCAAAGGCCAACAAUAGUUUUGAUCCUCGAUUUGCGAAUCCCCCUGUUAGUUCAGACGAUAUUUUACUUAUUGCGUAUUCUAAAGCCAAAUUGAAUAGCAAUGGUGAUAAAGGGUCUCCUUGUCUAAGCCCUGAUGUUAUACUAAAUGGCAUCGAUGUUCUGUUUCCUAUCUUUACCUGUGCAUAUGAGUCUGCCACGCACAUUUGAGUGAGCUGCACGAAUUUUCUUGGUAUUCCCAUUUCUAGCAUUGCUAGCCAUAGUCUGCUUCUUUUUAUCGUGUCAUAUGCUUGCUGGAAAUCUACGAAGAUUUGGUGUACAUCUCGGUUGAAUUCCCAUUUUUUUUCUAAUAGUUGUCGGAUGGUAAAUAUUUGAUCUAUUGUUGACCUUCCACUUCGAAAGCCGCAUUGGUAGUCGCCUAGAAUAUCUUCCGAAUACGGAGUGAGUCUCUUUAGUAAGAUAAUUGAUAGUAGUUUCGGAAUUGCUCUUUAUUUCCCUUCUUAUGUAUGGGUAUUAUAACGCUUCCAUUCCAUUCUCUAGGCAUUUUUUGCUGUUGCCAUACUCUGAGAAUAAUGUCAUACAAUUUUUGAUGUAAAACGUUUCCUCCUUUUUUUAUCAAUUCUCCAUUUAUGCCAUCAUUUCCUGGUGCUUUGUGAUCUUUAAGAGAUGCUAUUGCAUUCUUUACUUCUUGGAGUGUUGGUGGUGGUAUUUCCACAUCUGCAGAAUGAAAUGUAGUCUUAAUUAUUACACGUUACUGAUAAGUGAACAUUUUAGUUGACAAAUUUGUUUUUAUGUGUAUAGAUUGGCUAUGUUUAAAAUUUUCAUAUUUUGAAACCACGUACUAAACUGUCGAUUACAGAUACUCAAGUUACGCGUUUUUAAGAGACUUCAAGUGUACCAUCGAAGCCAGAAAAAUAUUUCUAGUUAACGGUGUAUUUGUUACCAAUCAGAUGUUUAGAAGUAUGUUUAAAUAUAAGUAGAAGGCUCUUUUGAAAAUUUUAUUAUGUAUGAACAAUUCUAUUUACAUUAAUUUUAUAUUAUUGUCCAUAUUUAUUUUUUUGUACAUAGUUUAUAAUUUUUAUACGUGCAAUGUGAUACGAGGAAGUUCAAAGAAGGUAUAAGUUAUUAAUAUAGAUAAAAACGUACUCAUAUAUUUGUUGUUGUUCCCUUUUUUAUUAUUUUGUUAUUUUUUAGUAAAAAUAUUAUUUCUAUAUCUAUACAGAGUUCAUUGAUUAAUUUAAGUCAGCUAUUUUAAUAUUAAUUUUAAUUUCAUCUUCACUAUUACCGAUAAUGUUGGUGGACACAUUGUAGGGAGAGACUUUUUUAAACAAUUUUUAAACAAAUUAUAAAAUAUUGCCAAUUUUUGUUUUUUUUUUAAUUUGAUGUCCAACCUAUUGAAAAAUGGCCUCGAAAAACGUUAUUAUUUAAAAAAAAGUAGUUCAAAAGCGAAAAUACCAUUUUUUUUUAAAUUUUCGUUUAGAUAAAUAUGUUGCCACCGAAAAUUUUGCAAAAGGAUUAAACCAGCGGCGGCUCGUGGGUCAAUCUUCAGGGGGGUCAUUUUGGUUUGAAAACUUCAAACUGUUGAUUUUUUAAAGUAUUUAAAAGAUCUUUUAGCAUUUAUAUUUUAGAUAAAAAAUACAGACUUAGAUAAAACUCAAUACUAUUUACCCUAGUUUUCCGAAAAUUAAAUUUGUCUUUUUUUAGAGUAAAUCUUUUAAAAAAUAUAGGAAAAAUGGUAUGAACAGGUUAUUGACUGAUAUAUAGAUAGGAAUAUUUAUAGUAUAAUAAAUUGUAAAUUUAUUAAAACGAAACUUACUUUAAAUAUUUUUAUAUUUUAAGUCAAUUCUUCUAUCCUUUAGUUCUGCAAAAUAGUCUAUGACCUUCUCAUUGAACAAGCAGACGGUAACUAACUAAACGUGAGGCCGUCGACUCUACUACAGGUAUACGACGGAAAGGUCACUCCCACUCUCGCCCACGAAAUUGCUAUCUGCCGUCUCUUUUCUAUUUUACAUGCAUUUGUCCAUAAGCCAUAAGAACUGUAUGUAGACAAUUUAAAAUACGGCCCAGCCACGGGCUUGUGUAUAGCGCGAGGCGCGACGUUAUUAUAUCUAUUAUAUUUGUUUUGCCAAUGCAGACUGCUGAGAGUAUUUCAGAGUGAAGUUUUAGAUAAAAGAUAUUUUUAAUAAAAUUGGUAUUUUUAUGAGAUUAUUUUAGGGGGGUCAUUGACCAAUUGACCCUAAGGAGGAGCCGCGCUUGGAUUAAACAUCAUUGAUUGGUGAUGUAGUACCUGCUGCACAUCGGUAGGUAAAUAAUACUUUGUACGAUGUAAUAGUUACCUAAUUUGAAACAAUUUCUAAAAGAUCUGUCGUUAUAUCGUUGAUAAAUUUUGUCAAAAUUAUUCUAUUAAAAUUCUACAUAUUAGCGUACAUUUUCAUCCUUUCCGUCCGAAUUUUCAACAUCAUAUUUCGAUUAUUUCUUUCCUGCAGUUUAAAUGAAUUUACUAUAAUUUUUUAUUAUUUUGAUAAUUGUAUUAUAGACGGGCAGUUUGCCCCCAUGAGCAGAACCUAAACCGACUAUUUUUUUUUUGCUUUUCUACAGCACCAAACCUUUUUAAUCCAAUUCUAUAUAUUUUUCAAAUUUAUUUUAUUUUUCAAGGAGGGGCCCAAAUUGUUAUUAACGAAUGACUUACAAAAAAAAACAAUUUCCUGAAACGCUUCGACUAAAAAUUUUUAAGCGUACCUAUUUCAUCGAAAUAAGUACAUUUUUCUCUCUUAAAUGUAAAUAAAUAUUUGGGUCCAUGUUUUCAACGAGGUAGAAACCAUUUUAUCCUUGUCAAAAUAUUCUUACUUACACUUGAAGCGUCUUAAAGGUUGAAAGAUUAUAAAAGUUUUUGUCGAAUUACAAUUUAUUUUGUAUUUAAAAUAAAUCCCAAAAAUCACUAAUUAAGGCAUUUUGAAAGAUUAUCUAUAAUAAAACUUUUUGUAGAAUUACAAUUUAUUUUGUGUUUAAAAAAAAUCACAAACAUUAUUAGGUAAUUAACGCGUUUUUCAAAGUUAUUUAGUUAUUUAAGAAAAACUUAAAACAAUACCUCUGAACUUUGAAAAAUAUACAGAGAGAGUCUGUAAUUUAGAAUAAAUUCAAUAUCUCAAAUACUCAUCAUUUUUUUGAAAAAUGCUCAGACACGUCGAUUAGUAUUUCAAAUUGUCCUUUUUGACAUAUAAUAAUAAUGUAUACAGGGUGUCCUAAUUUAGAGAUAUGACGUCAUCGUUGAUUUUCUUAAAUGGCAACACUGUCAUUUUGAUAACUAUUUUGAUAGGGUGUGUAAAGUUAUACGCAAAUGCAAAAUAUCAAAUUUUUAUUCUCUACCAUUUACAAGAUAAUAGAAAAUAACAAAGUUAUAUCUGUAACUUGGAAUAAAUUCAAUAAUUAAAAUACUAAUUGUUUUUUAGAAAAAGGCUCAGACCCGACGAUUAGUAUUUCAAAUUGUCAUUUUUGACAUACAAUAAUAAUGUAUACAGGGUGUCCCAAUUAGAGAUAUGACGUCAUCGUUGAUUUUCUUAAAUGGCAACACUGUCAUUUUGAUAGCUAUUUUGAUAGAGUGUGUAAAGUUAUACACAACUGCAAAAUUUCAAAUUUUUAUUCCCUACCAUUUACAAGGUAAUAAAAAAUAACAAAGUUAUGAAAAACAAGUAAUCAAAUAAUUGAAUUUAAUUAUUUCAAUUAAGCAAAUACUCAUAAUCUUGCCCUCAAUUAUUGUCAAAUUGUCAAUGGUUAACGUUAUGAGCAUUUGCUUAAUAGAAAUAAUUAAAUUCAAUUAUUAUUUGAUUAUUUGUUUUUCAUAACUUUGUUAUUUUUUAUUAUCUUGUAAAUGGUAGGGAAUAAAAAUUUGAAAUUUUGCAGUUGUGUAUAAAUUUACACACCCUAUCAAAAUGACAGUGUUGCCAUUUAAGAAAAUCAACUAUGACGUCAUAUCUCUAAAUUGGGACACCCUGUAUACAUGAUUAUUGUAUGUCAAAAAUUACAAUUUGAAAUACUAAUCGACGUGUCUGAGCAUUUUUAAAAAAAAAAUUAGUAUUUUAAUUAUUGAACUUAUUCCAAAUUACAGACAUAACUUUGUUAUUUUCUAUUAUCUUGUAAAUGGUAAAAAAUAAAAAUUUGAUAUUUUGCAGUUGUGUAUAACUUUACACAUCCUAUCAAAAUAGCUAUCAAAAUGACAGUGUUGCCAUGUAACAAAAUCAACAAUGACGUCAUAUCUCUAAAUUUGGACACCGUGUAUACAUUAUUAUUGUAUGUCAAAAAGGACAAUUUGAAAUUACAAAAAAAGACAAUUAGUAUUUGAGAUAUUGAAUUUAUUCCAAAUUACAGACUUUAUACAAAUCUUUAUAAAGAAUCGUAAUGAAAAAAUUUUUUGAUGUAGAAAUAAAACAAAAAAUAGUUGGUAUACUCCGAUUCUAAGCGGCUUUAAGGGUAAAUCGCUAGCUUUUUACAGCAAACCAAUUUUACUAAAAAGAAUUACAUUAUAUAAUUUGUUAUAUUUUUGAAUAAUUUUAUUUGAACUUCUUUAAAAAUACAAAUAAUAGGUAUAUAAAUAUUGAAAAUUUUGCCAAAUUUUAGGAAUAUAGUAGGUAAAUGAUUUUCAAAAGAGACCAAAAGUAUUUGAGUCAUUCCAAAUUAUGUACCUUAAUGUAUGAUUUCCAGUGUGCAAGUUUCUAUAAUGUAAGAUUUUUGACAAUAAUGUAGCUAUUUGAUAUAAACUUAUUUAGUACCGCUGUUAAAUGAAAAAGUAGCAUUUAUCUAGAAAUCUCAAAGGUAUGUGAGAAUUGGAGAUAUAAGAAAAUUAUAUUAUAUAUACAAUUUAUAUUAUGCAUAAAAGUUUUAAUAAUUCUUAAGAUACUCUAUAAAUUUCUGUGUAUAGGUAUAUUCUGUAAAUAUUGAAUGUUUUUCUCUUCCUCGUCUGAAUGCUCUUUCCUUUUUCAGACCAGGGAGCUUGUCCUCGUAUAUAGAGUUUAUCCAUUUUAAAUUUAUUGAUAUCUUUUUAUUUUUAUAUUAAUAUUUCUGCUUGACAUUACCUAUUAUAUUAGAUUUUUAGUCAUUUUCUGUGCAAGUUAUUUGCAGAUUAUUGUUGUGUGUAAUUUUUUGUUAAUAUAUUGUAUUUUUUAUACAUUGGCUAGUUUUACCAAAGAACUUGUAAUAUAAUAAGCCAUAUAUAUAGUUUAAAGCUCGAUUUUUUGUUUAUUUUUGUCAUUUUUUAUGUUUAUAUAAAUGGUAUUGUAAAAAUGGUGAUUAUAACGAAUGUCUGUGUAAAUUCUAUUAAAAAAGUUGAAGAAUGUAUUUUACUCAACAUAAAUAAACUCAUACCAAAAAGUAUUAAA